GGUCCGAACCGUGGAGGGGGUGAGGGGGGGAUGAGAGGAGGAGAGCGACCCCAGCUGGAGGGGGAGAGACUUGGCAGGAGCGGGGAGGCCAAGGGGGCGCCGAGGGGGAUUAGAGCCCCUGCGGGGUUAGGGAGGCAGCGAAGGGGGGGGGGUGUGCAUGAGGGGGCGAGGGGCUGGACCCCUAAUCCGUCCUCCGCUUGGCCUGGCUGAGUCCCCCGUUCCCCAGCCCUGGGUGACGGUCCUGCAGCCCCUCCCGUGGGCCGUCCCACCGCCACCCCCGCAGCCAGGACGCGUGAAGGAGGACCUGAUGGAGCUGCUGCUGCUGCAGAACGCGCAGAUGCACCAGCUGAUCCUGGGUCGCCUGGUGGCAGCAGCGCUCAACCCCUGGCCCGCCUUCCCUGGCCCCCAGGUCCUCGUGGAGGAGAGUGAGGAGGACGAGGAGCCGGAGGCCCAGGAGGAAGGGCCUGUGGUGUUCCACCACCACUACCUGCCCGGCCCGCCGCCCGCGCUGGGCCUCCUGCCGCUCUGGCCAGGGCCUUUCCUGCCCCCUGCCCCACAGCGCCCCCUGCAGGAGGCUCCCAGGACCCCGCCGCGCCCUCCGGCCAGGAGAAGGGGGGUGAGAGCCGUGCCCCCACCUCCACCCCCCAGCGCCACGGGGACUGUGGGUGUGGAUGUACCCCCGGCUUCAGAUUACUAUGAUGCUGAGAGCUUACUGUGAAGACAGACGCUGGCCAGGGGCCCACACCAGCUGCACUGCGAGGCUGGAUACGGCCCCCCGAGGGCCCCGCUGGUGCUCAGGCCACACCCGACAGCCCUUCUCUGCCUCAACCCCGAGCAGACCCUCCCACCAGGGUGAAUCAGUCCCCUCUCCUUCCCAUUAAGACCCGGAACCAGCCGACCUCUUGUCUGGAGUAAUUGCAUUAGGUUAUUCACUGUUUAAGGCGCGGGACCCACACGAACACCUA